AGACCCGUGCAUAGUUUUAGCGUUUUAAUGACGUACCCCCACACACUCCUUGGGUUUUGCUACUCCGUAAGGCAUCAUCCGAGAGGCGCAGUAUAAAUCUAUAUAAGCUUGCGGUGCCCCCCUGUUCCAUAUCCUCGAGAAACUCUCGAUCCCACCAAAUCAAUUGUCUCUUCCAUCUCAAUAGACCCUAAUACUAUCACAAUGACAGACGACUCUCUCGUAACCCACCGUGUGACCACCACUGUUUCCCUAGCACUCUCCAUCUGGGGUACCUUCAAGCAUUUGAUCUUUAGCGGUCACGUUCUCAAGCAUGUGAAUGAGCCGUUCAGAGUUUCCUUGACUCCGUUCACUGGGAAUAUCAUCGUUCUUUUUGUGUAUUGGUCCUUGCUCUAUUUGUUGCAGAUCGUUUUCGUGGCCCAGAUCUACUUCCCCGGUAGCCAUACCAACAGCACUGGCGUCAGUGGUGUUAUCAGCACCACCACCAGAGCUUCCUUGACCUCGGUUGUCGGCUGGCACUUCACCAUCUUCAACUUUUUGACUUACCUCUGGACCUUGACUUUCCACAAGGAGCACUACUUAACCUCCGAAAUCAUUCUCGUAUUGAACUUGCUCAACAUUUUGGCCUUGACUAUCAACCACAAGACCUCCACCAUUAAGCCAUUGUCCAACUGGAUCUUCAUCCACUUGUCCACCGCCGCCUUGCCUUUCUCCUGGUUGUUGUACGCAGUGUUCUGGAACGGUGCCGUUUUGUUCCACGCCCAGACAGGCUUGUUUGCCAGAAUCGUUGCUAACGUGCUUAUUUGGGAUUUCUUGUUCAUUCCGUUGUUUUUCGUCUUGAUCUGGAAGGACUGGGGUAUCGGUUUGUCCUCCUCCUUGUUGACGUUCGGCUUGGGCUGGGGCCAAUUGUUCACCAAGGUCAUUGCUUUGCAAUGGAUCUUUGCCUUCAUCAUCUCUGGGAUUUUGUUUGUUGUUAGUGUCAUCACUGCUUUCAGCCAAGAAAACGGCAACGGACUUUUGAUCGGCAACGACAGUGAGCAGGCCCCAUUGUUGAGCAACUAGGCCACCUGAAGCCGGAUUCUUACUGAACUUUUUACAAUGUCUGGUGUGUAUUCGUUCUUCUAAGGGACUCAAAGAUCAUUAGAUCUUGAGCUUUUUUUU